CUCCAAUAUGAAAAAAGUAAUACGAUUAAGACAUUUUAGUAGAGCUGGGGGGAUCGAUCUAAAAUAUCUCCAGACAGUAUUAGUAUCGGAUCAAAACCAGCCCACAGAUAUCGAUAUUUCCACUCAUGUUGGACAUUUUUUUUGUAUCUGCAAACUAUUUUGUAUUUAAUUGAAAAUAUAUUAUCUAACCUUGUUUUUAUGUUUAUCAAGUAAAUUAAAAAAGAUAAACUUACCAAAAAAAAAAAAAAAAACAUUCGGAGGGAUUAAAUAGAGGGAUUUCAGGUUCAUGUCACGUCCACAAGAUUUGCAAAAAAUAUCGAUAUUUGUAUCAAUAUCGGCAAUAUUGAUCAGUGUCGGAUCGCUACCCAAAUGAUCAUCAUAAAUUCUUGUAGUAAAAACGUAAACGUUGUUUUCUCAGUGUUGGGGCGACGUGAAACCACAUGAAGGAAAAGCUUUUAUUUUGAAGGCAGCAGGAAGCUGCCUUGAGAAAACUUGAGAGAUGCCAGGUUUUUUUGUUUUUUUAAUCCCCCCCAAACGCUCCCGAAACUUUUUCCGCUCCGUGUGUUUUUGGGGGUUCGGGGUUCGUCGGUUCUGUUCUAAAACCGUGUGAACCCGCGACGGCAGGAAUGAGGGCAGCGGACGGAGACGGAGUACCGCCGAACCCAGAACUUUAACGGUAGUUUGAAGGAGAAAAUUGUCCCAGAAGGAGGAGGAGGAGAAGGAGGAGCGGAGGAUGAAGUGGUGGAGUUGGUGACAGUUGCCCCUCGAUCAAGACACUCCACACCCCGGAGCGAGUAGAGCCAGUCAACAGUCAGGAUGGAAGGAGAGAAGGAGCAACAGAGGGAGGAGAAGGAGAGCAACGAAGCUGAAGACGACAGGAGGAGCGAUGACGAGGCUGACAAUGAAGAAGAGGAGGAGGAGGAAGAUUCUGAAGGGGCGGUGCUGAGCUGGCAAGAAGGCCCCGACAAGGACGAUCUGGGCCUUCCCAUCAUGCACUGGGAGGCCCUCAGCCUGCGGAUCGCAGAGCUGGAGAAGCAGGAAGAAGAGCGGAAAGCAAAGGCCGGAGCUUCAGCGGAGCGAGGCACAACCCCGGGGAACUGGGCCGAGGAGCGCGGCAGGAGACCCGACAGGUGGGAGGACGGAAACGACGCCUGCAACAGCCACGUGCUGGCGCUCACCUCCCGCCUGCAGACGCAGAUGAACCUCCAGCUCUGCUUCAUCAACAACAGUGAAAGUGAGGAAGAGGAGGAGGAGGAGAAGAAGGGAGAUGUCUGUAACAAAGAGAGCAACAAUACCAGGAAAGGAAAGACUCAACUCCAGAAGAACGCGGCCAAGCCUGAGCGUCCCAAAUCCAGAGGCUUCAGGAACACCCUGAGGAACCUGCGGGACCGCCUGAGGGCCGACCACAAGACCCUG